AUGUAUUCUAGUGACAGCGUGCCUUGUCCAAAUGAUGAAGUGUACAACGUAUUCCAUCGGACUUGUGGAAAUAUCAUCCCGUUGUUCUCAGACAACCCUGUCCUCCACCCUCCUGAGUAUGACGUCAGCGCAAAUCAAGUGACGUUUACGUGUGAGGUCCAAUACGACCCUGAUGACGUCACAGCCUGGUUUGACGUCAUGUUCCUGUUCGAUAAUGAGUACUUUCCGGACGUGCCUAACGUGACCCUGACGGCCGGGAAAAGGCGCGCAAAGAUGGACGCCAGUCAUCUGGGUCUGAACCAGCUGUAUCCAAACUUGCCUGUCACCUGGCCGUCCAAGAUGGGGAAAGCUGUUUCAUGUCAAGUGAGGUCAUACUGGGAAGAUACCCCGGAUGUAAAAAGUGAGUGGCGUCAAAGCAACUCUUACUGGGCAGGCAUUGAGGCAGAAAACGUUGUUGUCGUCGAAGAGUCUGCUGACCACUACAAGUUUGAGCUGACCAGUACCGUCCCGUUCGUCUGUAGAGGCGGGGUGCAAAGGGCCGGGCAGUGUUACGUAGACGUUCCCCUGGCCUUCGACGGAAACGACGACGACGUCUGCGUAGCUGAAGGAUGUCACGUGAGAUUCUACGCCGAAAGGUGGUCGGAUACGGAACAUAGACUGAAAGCGGAGGCCAUCUUGGUUGCCGUAAAAGAUGGCCAGUGGGACGGAGACAAGCACAUGCUCAUCAACUUUGGACGGAUCACUCACGCUCCGGUGUCGAUCAGAGAACCUCACAUCUUCCACGGCUACACGCCUCAGUUCAACAUCCAGGUCCGAACAGUGGAUUCCGUCGAGGCAUCGUGCACGUAUUCUGGCGAUCCCCAUGGCAUUACGUUCGACGAGCUCACAGGGAAUUGGCUUAAACAAAUCCACGUGAUAUUACCUGGGGAAUUCGUUCUCUACAGGAGUACAAGACCAGGCCGAAAGUUCGAAGUCCACUCCCGACACAGACGGUGCCGCUGGGAUUUCGACAUCUCCUGUAACUGCGGCGCGGCUAUCCGCGAGGGGAACGACGCCGUGAUCGUUGACUACUGCCACAGGACUUCACCAAUGAUCCGGUACAAAACAGCUACAGGAGGGCCGCUCUCUCCGGGCGUUGUAGUCAACCAGGACAGGAAUGGGCGGUACAUCAGGGUUACGAUGCCUUCUGGGGCCUACGUGGAAAUCAUAGGCUCUGGUUUCGUCACCCUCCGUGUCCACGCGCCGGGGAUAGACAGGGGGUACACCGAGGGGCUCUGUGGGACCUUCGACGGGAACCCUGCCAAUGAUGCCAUGAUGCCGGACGGUACCAUUUCUAGCCACCACAUCUGGCCGGACUGGCACAGAGACUUCUCCUAUGCCUGGCGAAUCCAACCCGGACAGAGUCUGUUCGAUGUUGAGUGUCUAGACGAGGUCAGCAGCCCCGUGUCCGAGUCCGAGUUCUGCACGUGUGGGGAGGGAAACAGAAUCGAGUGUAGCCCGACUAAAACACGCAAAACCAACAACCUGAACGCCGUUUUCAACACCAUCCAACCACACCAAGACGUAAGGAACAGGAUCUGUGCAAGGAGAAGAAAGAGGGACCUGGACAACAUCGAAGACGACCCAGACUUGUAUAACGACGACGUUGACACGACACAGUACGAGUUCGACUACGCCCUGGACUCGGAGCCGGUCGUCAACAGCAUGUGGCCUACUCCGAACAGAGGAAUAACAGAGGAGGAAGCGAGAGGGAGGUGUCAAGGAGGAAUCUUGAACCUGACCAUCGCUGAAGACUGUCGGGAUGUGUACGGUGUUGACAUAUUCUCUGGAGUAGACUUCUGCAUGGCGGAUGUAAAGGUGAGUCUCUAA